ACACCCGUUCGGCCGAGUUGUGUUUAAAACUCGUCACGUGACCGUGGCGCGGUGAAUUUAAUUUUUGUAACUGUGAGUGAGUUUAGAAUUUAAUAAAAAAUGUGGCGAUUUUUCGUACUAGUUAUAUCUCUAAUCGCAAAUGCUGAUUCAAUAUUGCCGAGACAAUCUCGUCCAUAUUCAGCAGCAUCUCCAGCUCAAAUAAGAUUCGCGAUAGAAAACAAAUACGACGACACCGGACCAGGAGCAAGGAGUCCAGAAUACGCUUACCACACAUACAAAACACUUGAAGAAGCACUCGUCAGCUACUUCGACGAUCCUGAUACUAAAUUACCAGAAAAUGAAAAGCAGAAAGCGUAUGCUGUAUUGCAAGGAUCAGAGCCAAUCAACUACGGUCCCCCAAUUAGACAACUACCCAAAACAGUUGAAGAAUAUACCGGAUAUAAUGAAGCUGACGUUAAAGAAGAAACAUUAAAUCAGUACAAUCGUCCCAAUCAACCAACCUUCUACCGUGAUCCGAACACCAAUUAUAAAUAUGUAGAUCUACGAGGUCUGCAAUUAAAUGAUGUCCCACCGAAGAAGUUUUUGAAUGAAAAAUUGAAUAACGUGUUCAGUUAUCACAAAUUGCAGGCUGUGAAAGGCAGCCCGAUUAGUUUAGCUCAUUACGCGAGGAACCCUGAGGUGAUAGAAGCUGAACAACAGUUCGACCCCAAUCCUCGCUAUAGCUUCUCCUAUGGUGUACAUGACAAACACACAGGUGACUCAAAAUCGGCCCACGAGAUCCGUGACGGUGGCAAUGUCCGGGGAUACUACUCGUUCGUCGACUCUGAUGGCAAGCAGCGCACCGUGCACUACACAGCUGAUGACAAGCUGGGCUUCAGGGCGGCUGUGCAACGCACGUAAUCUCUGCACCAACGCACAAUAGAAAAAAAUGAGAAGUUUCUUUGGA